GUAUAAAAGAUCAAAUGAGAUUUACAAUUUGAUGCAUUUGAAAAAUGAGAAAGUGUCCGACGUGAGAAUGGUAUCGAAGAACUCGUUGGUUUGAUGUUUGGUAUGUGAAGGACGAAACGAAAGGAGGUUGCGUUUGAGUUGAGCUUGUUUGACCAAAACAGCAAUAGCAAUGGCAAGAGCAAGGACAUAAAUCAAAACAAAAGCAACAUAAAACUACUCAAAAACUGCGAUUCCUAGUUGCAAAUUUCAAUAAGCAGCAUCCAGCACAAAGAGAAGAGGAUGGGUAUCGACAAUAUCAUCACCGCCUCUUUUGCUUCUGUGUUCCAGAUAAUUUUACUCUCUUCCUCUUUGCUUCUUACCGUAGCCCUACAGUCUACUUAUGGUUAUGGGGCUAUGCACUCUGAGGAAUACUGCGCAAUGUAUGAUAUAUGCGGUGAAAGUAGCGAUGGCAAAGUUCUGAAUUGCCCCUAUGGUUCCCCUUCUGUAAAACCUGAUGAUCUGCUGUCUGCCAAAAUUCAAAGCUUGUGUCCCACCAUCACCGGAAAUGUUUGCUGUACGGAGCAACAGUUUGACACACUAAGAGUUCAGGUUCAACAGGCUGUACCAAUUCUAGUGGGCUGUCCAGCGUGCUUGAGGAACUUCCUUAAUCUUUUCUGUGAACUUUCGUGCUCCCCUAAUCAGAGUCUAUUCAUCAACGUCACUUCUAUUUCUGAGGUUAAUGGUAAUAAGACUGUGGAUGGCAUUGAUUUUUAUGUAACUGAAACAUUUGGAGAAGGUCUAUAUGAUUCAUGUAAGGAUGUAAAGUUUGGAACAAUGAAUACAAGGGCCAUAGAUUUUGUUGGGGCAGGAGCUAACAGCUAUAAAGAGUGGUUUGCAUUUCUUGGAGCAAAAGUGCCUCCUGGUUUUCCUGGUUCACCUUAUUCUAUAAAUUUUAAGAUAACCAUUCCUGACUCAUCCCCUAUGGAACUUAUGAAUGCAUCUGUCUAUUCAUGUAAUGACACCUCACUCGGCUGCUCUUGUGGUGAUUGUCCUUCGUCUCCUGUUUGCUCUCAUCCAGAACCUUCUCCUCCCAGAAAGGAUCCCUGCUCAAUUAGAAUUGGGUCUCUGAAGGUCAGAUGUGUGGAAUUGUCAAUGGCUGUCUUGUAUGUUGUAUUAAUUUUCAUGUUCUUUGGAUGGGUAUUGCUGCAAAGGAGAAGAGAAAGGAGGAGACUUGGAUAUGAUGCGGAACCUUUGUUGAAUGAUAUGAGCGACGAAGGAAGUACCUUAAUUAGCAACCAAAAGGAAGGAACACAUCCUGAAGAGGUGCAAUUUUCUUUUGUUCAAGGAUGCUUAUCCAGGUUUUACAGGACUUAUGGAAGAUGGAUCGCCAGAAGGCCUACAAUUGUGCUUUGUUCGUCAGUAGCAAUGGUUCUUUUGCUUUGUUUGGGGCUGCUCCGUUUUGAGGUGGAGACCCGGCCUGAGAAGUUAUGGGUAGGUCCUGGGAGUAAGGCAGCCGAAGAGAAAGAAUUCUUUGAUAGCCACCUUGCCCCAUUCUACAGAAUUGAACAGCUCAUAAUAGCGACAAUCCCUGAAUCUGAGCAUGAGAAGCCCCCGAGUAUCAUCACAGAGGAUAAUAUUGAAUUGCUUUUUGAAAUACAGCAAAAGGUAGAUGGGAUUCGUGCAAAUUAUUCUACUUCAUUGGUAACCCUAAGUGACAUAUGCUUGAAGCCUUUAGGCGAGGACUGUGCCACUCAAAGUAUUUUGCAGUAUUUUCAAAUGGAUCCUGACAAUUAUGACAACUAUGGAGGUGUUGAACAUGCUGAGUAUUGUUUUCAGCAUUACACAUCUGCAGAAACAUGCUUUAGUGCAUUUAAGGCUCCCCUUGAGCCAACUACUGCCUUGGGAGGGUUUUUUGGAGACAAUUAUUCCGAGGCUUCUGCAUUUAUUAUCACAUACCCUGUCAAUAAUGCAAUGACAAAAGUUGGAGAUGAGAAUGGGAAAGCGAUCGCAUGGGAAAAGGCUUUUAUUGAACUGGCUAAGGAGGAAUUGUUGCCAAUGGUGCAGUCUCGCAAUCUUACUUUGUCAUUUUCAACAGAAAGUUCAAUAGAGGAAGAAUUAAAGAGAGAAAGCACAGCAGAUGUCAUAACAAUACUUGUGAGCUAUAUCGUAAUGUUUGGUUAUAUAUCAGUGACAUUGGGAGACACUCCAUCUCAUCAAUCUUCUUUCUACCUCUCAUCCAAGGUAUUGCUUGGCCUUUCGGGGGUUUUGCUUGUUGUGCUUUCUGUCCUUGGAUCCGUUGGAUUUUUCAGUUUGAUUGGAGUGAAAUCUACAUUAAUCAUCAUGGAAGUCAUACCUUUUCUUGUUUUAGCUGUUGGUGUAGAUAACAUGUGUAUAAUUGUAGAUGCUGUCAAACGGCAACCCUCAGACUUACCUAUAGAAGAACAAAUAAGUAAUGCAAUGGGGGCAGUUGGACCAUCGAUAACAUUGGCCAGCUUAUCAGAGAUUCUAGCAUUUGCCGUAGGAUCGUUCAUUUCUAUGCCAGCAUGCCGUGUUUUCUCAAUGAUUGCAGCUUUGGCGGUUCUACUGGAUUUCCUUCUACAGAUUACUGCUUUUGUAGCUUUGGUUACAUUAGACUUUUUGAGAGCCAAGGAUAGCAGGAUUGAUUGCUUCCCAUGCAUAAAGGUGAAUUCAUCCUCUGCGGAGGAGAGUGAAGGCAUUAGGGAGGAAAGAGGUGGAUUGCUUACACGAUAUAUGAAGGAGGUUCAUGCACCAUUUCUUGGACUAUGGGGAGUUAAAAUCUUGGUCAUUGCUGUAUUUAUUGCGUUCACCUUAGCAAGCAUUGCUCUAUGCACAAGGAUUGAACCUGGUCUUGAGCAACAGAUUGCUCUUCCACGGGAUUCCUACCUUCAGGGGUAUUUCAGUAACAUUUCCGAGUACCUCAGAGUUGGACCACCACUAUAUUUUGUUGUUAAGGAUUAUAACUACAGUUUGGAAUCAAAACAUACAAAUCAGCUAUGCUCCAUUAGCCAAUGUGAUUCAAAUUCUCUGUUGAAUGAGAUAUCUAGGGCAUCAUUGGUGCCAAAAUCAAGCUACAUUGCCAAACCAGCUGCCUCAUGGCUUGAUGAUUUCCUUGUAUGGAUAUCACCUGAAGCUUUUAGUUGUUGUCGAAAAUUCGUAAAUGGCUCUUAUUGUCCACCUGAUGAUCAGCCACCUUGCUGUUUCCCAGAUGAAGGACCAUGUGGGUUGGGUGGAGUGUGCAAAGACUGUACAACUUGUUUCCGCCACUCGGAUUUGGUUAAUGAUCGUCCAACUACAGCACAGUUUAGAGAGAAGCUUCCCUGGUUUCUUGAUGCACUGCCAUCAGCUGAUUGUGCAAAGGGUGGUCAUGGUGCUUACACCAACAGCGUAGAUCUGAAUGGCUUCCAGAGUGGUGUCAUCCAAGCUUCUGAGUUUCGUACGUAUCACACACCUGUUAAUAGACAAGGUGACUAUGUGAAUGCGCUUCGAGCUGCAAGGGAUUUUUGCUCAAGAAUUUCUGCUUCUUUGAAGAUGGAUAUAUUUCCAUACUCUGUGUUUUAUAUCUUCUUUGAACAAUACCUAGACAUAUGGAAGAUAGCGCUGAUCAACCUUGCUGUAGCACUAGGUGCUGUUUUUGUGGUUUGUCUGAUCAUUACAUCCAGCCUGUGGAGUUCAGCAAUCAUAUUGCUUGUUCUGGUCAUGAUAGUCUUGGACAUCAUGGGUGUAAUGGCAAUUCUUGGUAUUCAACUAAAUGCGGUUUCUGUUGUUAACCUUGUUAUGUCAAUAGGGAUUGCAGUUGAGUUCUGUGUGCAUAUAGCACAUGCAUUCAUGGUAAGCACGGGGGAUAGGAGCCAAAGAGCAAAGAUAGCAUUGUGUACCAUGGGGGCCUCUGUUUUCAGUGGAAUAACACUCACUAAAUUAGUUGGAGUUCUUGUCCUUUGCUUUGCAACGUCAGAAAUAUUUGUGGUUUACUACUUCCAGAUGUAUUUAGCCUUGGUUAUUAUUGGCUUUUUGCAUGGUCUCGUGUUUCUACCAGUGCUGUUGAGCUUAUUUGGUCCUCCAUCCAGAUAUUCAGUCGUGAAGGGGCAGCCAGAAGACGCCUCAUCCUCAUCAUAAGUCAUAACAACCUCCACAAGGAUGAAGUUAGAUAUAACCUUAGUUUACUUCAGGCUCGGCACAUAUUUUAACCAACAACAAAAAGAAAAAAAACUCGUUUACAAGACGCUAUUAUCUUUUUCUUUUAGAUUGUAGUUGUACUAUAUAUUUGAACGUGGUCUUGGAGCAACUUUACGCCGAAGUCAUUUUCUGGAAAUUUAUGCCCGGUUAGGUUAUCACAGUUUGAACGUGGAUACAACCCCAAUACCCAUUUGGUAAUAUACGCAAUGUGAGAUGUGUCUUAAUUUAAAGGGAACACCGAAGGAGACCCAAUUAAUGCAAAUUCUGGGCAAAACAUUCUCGAAAGGAAGUCUUAAAAUUUUUUAAAGAGGAAUGAUGCAUGCACUUAUUAUUUUCUUUACGUCAAGUUGAUUCGCUCGUUUUUAUUAUGAGAUGUAAGGUAUUUCAUCUCAUAAAAUAUUGAGAAAAUUCGUUAUAACUAUUAAGAGAUGAGCAAUUAGUGCAACCCCAUUGAGGGAGUUUCUGAA